CACACCUACUACUUUGUUGCCUAAAUUGUCGCCUAAAGUACGCGCCAAGCCUCGAAAAAGUUAACAGUGGUACCGUGGUUCCGCGCCGUGGUCAGGUAUUCCGACGAAUAAGGGCUGAGCAGAGUAAAAGAUCACAACCAGCCCUAAAGCGAUACGGCGCUGUGGAACCGCCACCUUUCCCACGCAAUUGAUUGUACCGUUCAAUGCAAUGGCACCCUUUAAGCUUAAGUUCCGCAUGGGUAGUGGGUCGUCGCGUAGUACCUCUCAGGAGCAGGAUGUCGUAGUAGAUAGUCAAUCCAAUCCCGUCGGACCGCUUUUGAGCAGUGCGAGCGCAAAUGAUUUUGGUAGCAGCACCACCCUUGAUUCAGAGCAGAAUAACGAUAGCCUUGUGUCGAUGAGCAACGAUCGGCGCGCCUUAAUACUGACCAGUAACACUACCAACGAACCAAUACUAGGAUAUGACAAUCCUUCGCUCACCAACACUGAGCCUGCGAAUGUUAUACCACUAAGCCCACCGCCAUCGUACGAGCAUGUGUUAGAAGAGAAUCGACUCGCUGCUUUGGAUAAAGAGAACAAUCGAACAUCGUUACUGAACCUUUCACCCACUGCGCUCGGGUACGAGAUGAUGUCCAACAAUCAAUCGGCUGGGACGGACCAUCAACUGCCUUGCACGGAGCAAGGUACGCCGGGUGAAGCGAAAAAGCAGGAAUCCAUCGAUUCCUCCCUGUACACCUGCAGCUCCACCACCACACCGUCGCAGGAGAACCUACUAACCUGCACCGGAUCCUGUGACCCACUGUACCAGCUGAGCUGCAACGAAGGUUUACAGGAUUUGGCGGAAGAAAUGGAAACGAUGGCGAUCGAUGAAACAUGCCUAUCCAACGAAAACCAAGACACACUCUCGUUGGACGAGGAGUGCAGUUCGUACAGCAACUCACAACCGAUCUACGAUCCACACACUGCCCCGAAGGCGGAAGUCAAGGGCCCGGAGAUACUGUACAAAUCGAGCAAACAGCUCUACAAAGCGGUUGCUAAAGAGUGUGGCAUCACGUGUAAGAUGUCCGAUCAGUGCCGCUGCUUGGACUGUCAGAGCCGUUACUUUGACUGUGAAUACGAUCAGAACGAAAAUGAGAAAACUGAUGGAGGAUUAGGUGCUGGUACGCCUAUGUUCAUCAGUGAGGUCAUACACGGUACCGCCUGCACCAUACUCUAAAUCUACAGAUGAAGAUACGCUACCGAACCACUAGCCUCCCCCUCCCUCCUCCAGCUCAUGCACAAUUACCCGUGGAAUAAUUGAACCAGCAAGCUCAUUGUCGAACCCCAACCACAACCGAAAUCCCAGGCAAAACUAUCGGUUGCACAAAUACAGUCCCGAGGAGCAAGUGUGAUACGGUCUGCAACAAUCGGCACGGCAUCAACAGAUAGAUUUGCAUGCACAUCUUCCUACCAGUUCAUACCGCGCCCGCUCUCGUCCGGCUGGGGUUACCAACCCAUUCUAGUUGUCCAUGUUUGUCCUACAACUACAAUGCACAACGUUUACGGAUGCUAGACCUACCAUAGGAUAGAUAGAUAAGUAUAGACACAUCGAUGGCCUUCAAUGACUUGCGUUAAUGAUUCUUAGGGCUAAAAAUUGAUUUUACCAACGAAUUUUUUUUACAUCGACAGUAUAUAGGGCGAGAAACGGUGGUGCAAAGGAUAAAAAAAAACGGACAGUUAUAAACAUCGGGCACUAUAUGUGGAAAGGCCAACCGAAGUUUUGUUUUUUCCCCCUUAAAUUAACUCAAAAUGGUGAUACUACUAGUGCAAGCAUACCCAACAAAGCCUGCAUAUUUACCGAUAACCAUAUUGAUGUUUAGUAUUUCCUAUCCCUAGUACCGUAACAGUAGAAGGCAACGCAUUUUGAAAACGGAAACAGUAUUUAAUCGUAAGAAAUCCACUGAUCAUUCUGUGCUGCAGAAUCUCUACAUUGAAACACUUUGAAUUGGUAUACAUUUUUGAACGAAGGUAAAGAUAAAGUAAACAACAGGCUCGGUUCAAUUGGGGAUGAUCGAAAGAUCUUCUGCCCAUUCUACAGAGGGUCACCUAAUUGUUUGUUCAGUUGCUGACUUGUUGUGUCACACAGCAGUGUUCGAAACAGGAGUGUGGUUAAUAUGGGUAACAUUUGCUGCAUUGAACAAACGUAUCCUUCUAUCCAAGUAUCGUGUUAGUGCAGGAUGUGCAGGAAGACACUAAGAGCCAAAAUUCCGAAAACACGCAACUUGAAUCUCCCGAACAGAACGAAGCAUAAAAUAUAUGAACGGUAUAUAUUUUUGUAGCAAACAGGCAGGCAGGUGUGGGUAGGAUAUUAAUACAACCAUGGUACUGAUAUGAAUAUAUAUAUAUAUAUAUAUUUACAAAUAGCAAAUUGGAGCAUAACGGAACAGAGCGAGUUAUGCAACACGGAAAGCAUUAUUGAGAGAAACACAAGUACGCGGUGUGGGGACGAUAUUGAAAUUGAUGUCAUCCUCAGCAAAAACCAAAACUGAACCAAUCCUUGGCUUUCGAGGCGUUAAGCACAACACUCAUUCCCGUGACAACCAGUUAGAGAGCUAUUCUUUCGAAUCAUCUUUCAAACCCAAAAACAAACCAAACGAAACAAACGAACUAACAGCGAUCUAAAUCAGCGGUCUAAAUGCAAGCAAACGUGAUGCCUAGAUUACCGAUCAAUACUGACCAUGGUAGUCGUUGCUACUGUAAACCGUUCAAUUUGCACGGGUCAAUGUGGGUAUUAAAAUGAGCGAUCGCGUAAUAUGUUAGAAAAUGAACGAACAAACAUAUAACCAACACAAAAACACACACCAUCGGGGUACCCCACAGAGCGUGCAUAUAAGGACGGAUAGUAAACAAUUACCGCUGAACGACGUGCAGCAUGCCGCACUUUACUACUAGUUAACCCCAUUGGCGAUAAAACUAACAGUAACAAAAAUUUAAACUACAUAUACAAAACGAAUUCAACACUUAACGACUGUCUUGUCUUGUGUCAAUCUGCAAACGCGCUAGUGUAACCUAUUUUAAAUCUGUUUGACCUAAAACAAUAUGUUUUGAACCCUACUACGUUCC